AUGACCCGAAUGGGCCUGCCGCGGGGGACGCGGAGGAUCCCGAAGGCGACGGCCAGGCGCUCGCUGUGGUACUUGAGCAUCUGCUCCUUCUCCUCCUCCUCCACGUCGUGGAGUACGGUCUUCGUGACCGAGACGUGCCCGGCCUUCUUCAGCCGGCGAUCCAAAUCCUCCAGGAAGGCGUAGAUCUCUUCCUUCUGAGGGUGCGCCGCGUCCCCGACAGAGAAGGUGUGGACGACGUUCUGCACUUCGAUCCAGCUGAAGCCGGGAACCUUCCUGACGCCCUUGUCCCGCAUCAUCACCCUCAUCCUCCCCACGUCAGCCCAUUUGCCGGCGGCAGCGUAGAGGUUGGACAGCAAAACGUACAUGCCGGAGUUCUCUGGCUCCAUCUCGAAGAUCCUCCUCGCCGCUGAUUCCCCCAGCUCGGUGUCCCCGUGGAUCCGGCUAGCGCCGAGGAGGGCGCCCCACAUGGUGGCGUCCGGCUCGAAGGGCAUGCUCUGCAUGAGAACCUGGGCCUCCCCGAGCCGCCCCGCUCGUCCCAGGAGAUCGAUCAUGCAGGUGUAGUGCUGCGGCUUUGGUGUGAUUCCGAAGUCCCUCUCCAUGGCGUAGAAGCACCCAAUGCCCUUCUCCACCAACCCCGCGUGGCCGCAUGCCGACAGGACGCCCACCUGGAGGAGAAGAAAGGUUAAGCAUCGCUUCCACUUUGAGGAAGACGAAGAAGUAGAAGAAGCUCUGCUCUGCUAAGGUUUAUUACCAGGGUGACGUCGUCGGGCCUGGUAUGGAGGUCCAGCAUCCAGUCGAAGACCUCCAGCGCCUCUCUGCCGAAGCCGUGCCGGGCGAACCCGGCGAUCAUGGUGUUCCAGGUGACGACGUCCUUGGCCGGCAUCUCCAUGAACGCGUCGUAGGCCUCGUCUAUACUGCCGCAUUUGCAGUACAUCGCCAGCAGGGCGUUGCCAACGAAGCAGCCCGCCGCGUAGCCGGCCUUGACCAGCCGCCCGUGCACCUGCCGCCCGCACUCUAGGGCGGAGAUGUCGGCGCAUGUGCUUAGAGCGCAGGUGUAGGCGGAACGGUUCAGCCUCUCCCCCAGCCGCCCCAUCUCUAUGAACAGUCCCAGCGCCUCUUCGCUCAAGCCGGACUGGGAGUGGCCGGCGAUCAUCGCCGCCCAGGAGAUUGAGUCCCGCCGAGGCAUCUCGUCGAACAGCUUCCGGGCGUGGCUGAGCUCCCCAUUCUGGGCGUACCCCGUGAUCAUCGUGUUCCAGGAGCUGAUGUUCCGGCACGGCAUUACGCCGAACAGCUCCAUCGCCUGCUCCAUCCUGCAAUGCUGCACGUACCCUGCGAUCAUGGCGUUCCAGGAUACUUCAUUCUUCUCGGGCAUUUUGUCGAACACCCUCCUGGCCUCCUCCAGCAUACCAUUCUGCGCAUAA